CCUCAGACAUGGACGCCACCAUGUUCCAGCUGCGGUCGUUCGUCCACCAGCGGCUGUACGCGGCGGCGGAGGAGAUCCUCGGGCAGGUGGAGAAGACCAUCACGUUAGCUGUGUACGAAGCCGAAGUUGGUCGAUCCAAAGAGGAGGCGGAAAGUCUGCGACACCCGCUGGGCCGCCUGCGGAACAGCCCAGAACUUCCGCCGACCAGCACCGCUGUGGAUCACGACACCACACCGCUGCACGAGAACCAGAGACCCUCCACACCAGAAGAGUCCACCUUGAGUCCCGAGCUCCCAGGACCUUCUAAAUCUGCUGCAGAUCUGGGCAGCGAUGACUGGAGCUACUGCUCGGCUGAGACGGAUCUGAAGAUGUCCCAGAUUAAAGAGGAGCAGGAGGAGCUCAGCGGUGAGAGUCAAACAUCUGAGGUUAGUUUUCGACCUCCUGAACUUGUGAAAAGUGAGCAGCCGGAGACACAAGUGUCGUAUGAAAUGCAGCCGGUUUCUUCAGACUGUUCUGCAGCUCCGAGUGAGGGCAGCAAUGAGGAGCCCAGCAAAGAAGAGGAGGCAGAGAUGAUGACACAGAAAGCGACGGUGUUGCGAGGAAGAAGCAGCAACAAGAACGGCCAAGCAGCUUACAAGAGUCAUUCUGCUAAAGGCCCAAAAGAUCGCAGCUUUUGCCAUUUGUGCGGCAAAGGAUUUCAGUACAUUGGCUCGUUGAUGAAGCACAUAAAAACCCACGAGGGUAAAACCAACUGUAGCUUCUGUGGGACGACACACCAGUCCACCAAGGAGCUGGUCACUCACCUGAAAGGCUGUCACAGCAAAGCCUACUUCUGUGACAUUUGUGGGAAGACUUUUUCCAAUAAACGAUGUCUCCGACUACAUGAAAAAAUACACACAGGCUUGAAGGAGUUUGUGUGCCAAGAAUGCGGGAAGACGUUUCACCGCAGAGAGCAUCUCAUCGUGCACGUGAGGACUCAUUCUGGGGAGAAACCGUAUCACUGUGACAUAUGCGGGAAAGCGUUCAGUCAGAGCCAGAACCUCACCAUUCACAAGAGAAGCCAUUCGGGGGAGAGACCGUAUCAUUGUGACCUGUGCGGGAAGCUUUUCAACACGAGCAGCCACCUGAAGACACACAUGAGGUACCACUCGGGAGAGAAACCGUACCCGUGUGACAUCUGCGGGAAACGUUUUCGUCAGAGCGGACAGAUGACGAGACACAGGACCACGCACACAGGAGAGAGGCCUUACGCCUGCCACCUCUGUGGUAUGAGGUACAGGUUUGCUCCUAAUCUCAAGGUGCACUUGCAAACUCACGAUAAGGCAGCUGCUGAAUCCCAACAGUGAGGUUUACCAGAAAGGUUUACGUGAAUCGCAUUACUCACGUUCAUAUCUGACACGCAGCAUUCCAGGAGUUUACCUACAAAUCACAACAUGCUGUUUGGUUGUUGGGGUGGGAUCAUCAUAUAUUUGAGAGAAGCAGCCUCUAAAUGAACCCUUUAGGUCACAUUUUCCUUUUUCUUCAGGUUGAAACACUUUCAAUGACUUUGACUGCUUAGACCCUCUGAUUAGAUGUUGGCCUGUAAAACAAAGGUGACAUCACAGCGUUUCACGUCUUAUUUAAUUCUGCAGACUUCAAUCUGAUUUAGCUUUCACAACCCAAAUUGUAAAACUCUCCAGUGCUAGUGUCUUGCUGGGCCGAUUUAGCCUCGUUGUCAUCCCUCCCGACAAUCCUCGGAGGAAUCUGGUCUAAGAUCUCGGUCUGAGCUGAUGUUUGGUGCAGAUUAUUUGCAAAUGUGAAUCGUUUAAGAUCCAGUCUUAAACCUCCUGAACUGCCUGCAGACUCAGGGGUCACAACGUGGAUGUUUAGGAGUGAAUAUCUGGAUGAUUAUCUGGGAAGCGCGUUGGUAUCGAGCUGAGCCUUCAGGUUAACUUUAGCUGUAGGUAAUAAAGCCUCACCUCCCCACUGUUUUCUCAUUCGGACUCGUUUAGUCUUCUGCUUUAGCUCGAUGCCACCUGAUUUCAAAACCUGUCAGGAUGUUAAAACUGGUCAGUGGGUGAGAGUGGCAUCUUAUUCAGAAAUAAUAGAAGCAGAAGAGAAACAAGGAUGCUGCAUGUGAAAUAGUACCAGUACAUCAGCUCCAAAAAAGAACCUACACAGGAACAAUCCAGAGUAAACGCAAAGUCAAAGGAACAUUCAGUGUAUCAGAAAAAUCUACAAAGAGGUUUAUGUUACAGCAUAUAUGACAGACGAUCCUCGCUGAUCUUCAAAGCAAAAAUGAUUAAAAAUGCCUCUGUUUCCCCGAAUACGUGAUUUAAUCUGUGUUGCGGUGAUCAUUUGAACACACAACCAGACAGACUUCUGACAUUUACACACUCGAGUCCAAAAGCUCAUCAUCAGACAGAACUUGCUGCUCCGUCCCCUCACAAUCGCACAAACACCUCUGAGAUGGCGUGAACGUCCUGUUGUGAUGUUUGUCUACAUUUUUUUAUUUUCAUUUAGAAUGAUGGUUGGAAGAGCUUCUGUACCUGUUAGAAAUGGGUUCAUUAGUCCUUUAGGUUGCUGAUUAGCUGAUAUAUUGAUCCAACCAGGUGAAAUCAGUUUACUGUGGACCGUCAGGAACCUCUGCAGCUCUUCUCUUCAUGCACUUCAUGUGUGUGUUUUUACUUAUUGCUGUGUGGUCAGAAGUUUCCACAUGUUGGACAAUAAAGUGUAAAUUCACAUCACA